AUGAUUGAAAAGUUCUUUUUCCUGGCGCUCCUGGCUUUAGCUCAGGGAAUGCCCUGGGAUGAGGAUGUUCCUAAGGUCGUAGAACUCGACUUCGAGAAGCAAGAGAGACAAGUGCGUGAUGAACGAUGUCCUACAAGCGCGGCACAUUACCUCCUUCCCCAUGAAUACGAUUGCACUAAGUUUUACUACUGUGAAUACGGUUUCAAAUGGGAAACUGCAAGAGACUGCGCGCCGGGGACCGAGUUCUCCUACGAGCUUCAAGUGUGCGACUUGCCUGCUAGCGCUGGUUGUGACCCUAACGCUGAUGGUGGCAAUUGCGGUGGUGGCAACGGUGAUGGUGAUGGUGAUGUUGAUGGCGGCGAUGACAUUGGAUUGUUGCCAAACGGUUGCCCCGCUGACUUUGAUAUCCACAAACUUUUGCCUCACGAAAGUGACUGCACUAAAUUCUUCUAUUGCGUCCGUGGUGAAAAAGUUGAACGCUCGUGUCCCGAGGGCCUACACUUCAAUCCAACAGUUGAGGUAUGCGACUGGCCUGAGGCCGCUGCUUGUGAAAAUGGAAAUUACAACAAGUGCAAAAACGGCUGCAACGUUUUGCCUUGGUCUCACGAAACGGACUGCGACAAGUUCUGGAGGUGUGACGGCGAAAACCCUAUCUUAACUGUAUGCUCUGAAGGUUUACAUUUCAACACCCAGACCUCCACUUGCGACUUUAUCUGUUACGCAAAUUGCCAGCGGAGCAACAUAGAGGCAACUUCCUUCAACACGGGGCUGAAGCUAUUCAUACCAUGGGAAAAGGUUGAUCAUAACGUUAUCGGAGAAUACCUUGACGAAUACCAAAACGUUGCGGUGUAG